AUGAAUUUACAAAGGAGAGAGCCAGAAAACUACUUGUGCCAUGCCUGGCUGUCUGAGGAGGAAGUUAUAUGUGGCACUGACACAGGCAAACUUAGCUUGUUUGAAACUGGAGAGCUGCACUGGGAGAAAUGUUUGGAGUACAGAAAACCACCCAGGGAACUAGGAGAUACAACAACAAAAGAAUAUGAGAGUGGACUGGCCUUUGAAGAUAAUGGUUUACAACAGCAUUCUUUGCCUCAAAUAUCUGCAGUUGCAGCAUAUUCCAAAGGCUUUGCAUGUUCACCCAGCCCAGGAGUUGUUCUUCUGUUUGAGAAGACGAAGGAAAAGGAAGUCUAUGAGGAGAGUCAAGAAGUCUGGCUUCCUCAGGACCUGUUCAGCACCGAGCCAAAAAAGUCAUGCAGACAGGACAUCACAUGUAUAUGCUUCAGCCCCUCUGAGGAAAUGAUGGUCGUUAGCACAAAUAAAAAUCAGCUCUACAUGUUUUCUAUGUUCUCCACCAAACUUAUAAGGGAGAAGACAUCUCAUUUUGCAUAUAUGAAUUUCCCAUUGCAUUCUAAUUCAAUCACUGGUCUGGACAUGUGUAUUUGGAAACCCAUUCUUGCUACGUGUUCCCUGGAUAGAUCUGUUCGCAUCUGGAAUUACAAGACAAACAAUUUGGAGCUAUGUAAGGAAUAUCAGGAGGAAGCACACACAGUAUCACUUCAUCCCACUGGCCUUUUCUGUUUGGUUGGGUUUUCUGACAAACUACGAUUUGUAAGUCUGCUGUAUGAGGACAUGAAUGUUUUCAAGGAGUUUCCUGUGAAAAAGUGUAGAGAGUGCUCAUUCAGUAACGGAGGCCAUCUUUUUGCUGCAGUUAAUGGGAAUGUGAUUCAAAUUUAUUCCAGCAUCACCUUUGAGAAUAUUACUAAUCUGAAAGGACAUACUGGGAAGGUACAUGCAAUUAAAUGGAGUGCAGAUGACACUAAAUUUGUCUCCUGUGACACACAUGGUGCUGUGUAUGAGUGGAAUUUGUUGACAGGUAAAAAGGUGUCAGAGUGUGUGCUCAAGACCUGCAUCUACAGCAGCAUUUCCCUGACUUAUGAUGCCAAAAUUAUCUUUGCUGUUGGAUCUGACCAAACUCUCAAAGAAAUUUCAGAGUCUUCGAUCCAGCAUGAAGUACCUGCUUAUGGUGUUGUUUAUACGACUGUCGCUGUCUCUCGUUCCGGGCGCUUGAUAUUUGUUGGUACAUCCCUGGGGACAAUUCGAGCUAUGAAGUACCCAUUAACUCUGAAGAAGGAUUUCACUGAGUACCAGGCCCAUGCAGGUGCUGUUACAAAGAUGACAGUAACAAGUGAUGACCAGUUUCUACUGACUGCCUCAGAGGAUGGCUGUGUAUUUAUCUGGAAAGUGCAUGAUAAAGAAGGUGGGGGAGUGAAAGGAGAACAGGAACUUGAGUAUGCUGAGGAAGUGUUGAUCAUGAAAUCAGAUAUAGACGAGAAGAGUCAGGCAAUACUAGACCUGCAGAUUUGUGUGAGAGAUCUACAGACAGAAAGUGAUUACGAGCUACGUCUCAAGGACAUGUACUGUGAAGGAAAAAUAAAAGCAUUGGAAGAGAAUUUCACUCGGGAAAUAGACUCCCUUAUAACUAAACACCAGAUUUUGCAGGAAGAGAAAGAAAAACAGGAGCUACAACACCAGGUUCAACUGUCUGAGCUGAUGGAUAAACAGGCCAGGGAGGUGCAACGGCUAGAAUCUGACAGUAGUCAGAAACUCUCAAUGGAAAAUGAGAAAUACCAGGAGCUUCAGGUGAAAUCCCAGAAGAUGGAGGAGGAAUACGAGAAACAAUUGCACAAUUUGGAGGAGAGCAAAACCAGGGCUUUGGCAGAGCUAAAAGAAUAUUAUGAGAAAAAACUUAAAGAUAAGUCUGUUCUGCUAGAAGAGGCAAAGGAGAAGAUGAGGAAGCAGAUUGAAGUACAAGAAGAAAUGGAGAAACAAAUUUAUGAAGAGGGAGACAAGGAAAUCUUGGAACUCAAAGACAACUAUGAGAGACAGCUCUUGGAAGAAAAGGAGUCCAACAUGCAACUGAAAGGAGAAAUUGGAGUCAUGAAUAAAAGGUUGAGCAGCCUACAGAAAGAGCUCAAGGACCGAAACAGGGAUAUUGAGGAAAUGAGACUGGAACAGCAGAAGCUGCAAGACAUCAUUAAAUCACUGGAAAAGGACAUCUUGGCACUAAAGACAGAUAUUAAAGACAGAACUGAAACUAUCCUAGAGAAGGAGAAGCAUAUAUAUGAUCUAAAAAUUAAAAAUCAGGAACUGCAAAAUUUUAAGUUUGUACUGAGUUACAGAAUAGAGGAGUUUAAGAAGCUAAUAGAGUCACGUGAAAAUGAUAUUGAGACAAUGAAGAAACAGAUCAGUGAGAUGGAGGAGGAGCUGGAACAAUUCCGCAAGGAGAGCAUAGAGCUGAAGUUGAACAUCACACGACUGCAACAGAAACAGAAGGCGACUGCUCACGAGGCGCACAGAGAGAUGGAAAAGAAGCAAAAUAUGGAAACCCUCAUCAAACGAUUUAAAGCAGAUCUUCAUAAUUGUGUGAGCUUCAUUAACGAUUCUAGAAAAAUGAAAGAUGGUAUCCGUGAACUCUACACCAAGUAUGUGCAUCAAUCAGACUUGGUGAAGGCUCAAGCAGAAGAUGCAGAUUUGCAGCAGAAGUACAAGGAACAGCAAGAGUAUAAUGAGAGGAAUUUGGCAGUUUUAAGGAAGAGAAUGACAAAGGAUAAGGAAAUGCACCACACUGCUUACAUGCGCAUCAUGCAGGAAAAUGUGAGUCUGAUUAAGGAAAUUAAUGACUUGCGGCAAGAACUGAGGGUGGCCAACAUACAGGUACACGACCUCCAGUCAGAACUGAGAUUAAACAAGAACAAAAAGGCAAUUCAAGACACAGCUCCCUCCAGUGAAAUUCUGUCCAGCCCAGCUGUCCUGAGGUUGAAUCCAGAGAUGGAAAGUGAAAAUAUCAUAGAAAUGCAACAGCUAGAAAUUCAAUAUCUGCGAGACCAAAUCCAGGAGAAGGGGCAAGCCCUGAACUGUCCAGAUUCAACCUCUUUUGGUCAGAAAUCUUCCUGA